CAAGUAAUCUCCUCUGAGUAGGGUUAGCAGUAGUAUUUCUACUGACUGAUUGAAAAAAUUAGGGAUGAAAACAAACUCGGAAGACAACGUGACUAGCUUGUAAAAUGAGUAGUGGUCUCAGAAAAGUUUUUACGCCUGUCCAUUGGAUUUAAGUGCGUCCAGCAUUUCACCUCAGUCUUCGACUAACUUCGAUUUAAACUAUUCGACUUCGAAGUUGUGUCUAAACCUUUCAGGUUUGGUUCGGAAGUUGGUCUUUAGUUGCUGGUCUUGUCAGCUUUGAUGUUCUGCCGGCAGAUGGCAGCAUAAGCUUGGUUUUGCUCACAGAUUUGGCCUGAACACCCCGCCAGGUACAUAAACCUGUCUCACAGUUAUUAAGCUCAGAGAUCAUGAAGGCACGAACUCUGCAAAAACAGGAAGACUUAGGAGAUGUUUGUCUGAGGAAACAGUUUUAUGCUUUCUAUAUCUUGUAAAUUACUUCUAUUUUCUGCAUUCAAGUCCUGUCAGAUCAUAAUCAUUCUCUUAUCUUUAUUUGGCAGAUGUCAAAUUGCUGUGAAUUUGAAAUAAAUAGAAAAACGUGGUGGAAGGCUAAUAACUAGUUUGGGGAAACCACCCACUUUAUCUAAUCUUAGCAAUUAAAACCGUCAAAUAGAUUCUCAUUUUUGUAUUUAGCUGAUAGCUUUCAGUCUUUUACUUGUUCAGUUUUCUACAAACUGUCUGCAGUAUGACAUGUCUCUGCUACAAUAAGAGACAAAAAAAGUGAAUUAAGUGUUUUUUGUUGAUGUUAGUUGACAUAAAAUUGGCCUUUUAUUAAGCUACUAUUAUGCUCAAUAAUCACUGUGACCAGAAAAUUGGUCGUAAAGUUAAUAUACAACGGCUACGGAUGACAUAUAAACAAGGUUAUAAAACUUUUCUGUUUUAUAAGUUUUCUGUAGAAAUGUUAUUAGAAAAUAUGUUGUCUAUUCAUUUUGCAUUUUCAUAUUUUUUAUAUAGAAUAUAAAAAAAACGUUAAUUUUAACCCAAGUCCCAUACAAAUUUAAGUCUUAUUCAACAUACUCAUUUACUAUCUUAACAUUAGUCAAAGUAGUUAAUUUAACAAACUGUAUUGUGAAACCAUCCAUCAAACUCAUAACCUAACCUGGUUGUAUUAAAAGAACCCAGAAUUAUUUUUGGUCUACAUUUCAUAGAACAAGUAAAAAACAAACAAAACAAAAAAAACACAACAAAAAACAAAUUAGGAAGUUUUUACAUGGCUGCUAUUUUUUCCCUUAGAUGGACUCAGUGUACUUACUUCGUUUUCCCAAGGCUGUAUUUCCUUUAUUUCCCGCCUGGCAUAGCGCCUUGGGAUAAUAAUAGCAGGUUAUAAUAUUUGAUAUUAGCGCCUGAUCCCUUAAUAACCCCCAGAUAUGACUGAAGAUGAUGCUGGUUCUUGUAUGUCCGUGUGGUCACUGGGUAUUAUGGUCUGCCUGGUGACACAGCAACUGGAUCCUCAUCAGAAGAACAUGAGCAUUACUGCUCCUCUUGGCGGCUAACACCACGGUUGUUUACAAACAUCUUUUUUGAGGGGAGGGGGGAGGGGGCGGUGCAGUUUAACCGGGAAAAGUUUUAUUGGUCACGCGCGCCAACAUGAACACUCAGACACACACGCGCCGCCCCCUUCGAGUCGGGCUCGUUUAAAGGCGCGCGCCAGCUCUCGGCCUGAGGGCUUAUACUCGCAGAGCAUCAGAGCUUCACCGUUCCUCGCUGGGACAGACUGAGAUAUUUUAUUAUACGGACAGUUUUAGGAAGUUUCCGGAUAUUCUAAAACCCGACUGGUGGCAUCAUGAAGUCCCCGAAACUGAAGACUCCAGGGAAGUUCGCCAAGGAGGAGGACCUGAGCGACGUCCUGUGCGAGUUCGACGCGGUAAUAGAAGACUUCACGUCGCCCGUGGAGAAGCGACACUUCAGGUACGACGAGCACCUGAAGACGGUGAAGAGGAGGAGCAGCGCGAGCGUCAGCGACAGCGGCAUCAGCGACACCGACAGUGCCGAUUCGCUCAACAGAAAUAGCUUCAGCUUCAGUGACGAGAGGCUGAAUUCCCCCAGCGCCCACUCCCCCGCAACAACCUCCCCGCCGCUGAUGUCACCCAAACCAGCCAAACUGGGUGACACCAAAGAACUGGAGGACUUCAUCGCCGACCUGGACCGGACAUUAGAGAGCAUGUGACCCAGGAGCUCUCUGUCACCUUGGAGCAUAGCCAUGACGGAGGGAGGGAGUGGAUUUCUGGACCGUCGCUGAGCAGUUAAAAUGCGCCUGGUCAGCUGCCCAGCAGGAUGCAGCUGGAGAGAACAGCAGCAGAACCCUGAAGGCUGCUGCAGCCGGUCCACACACACUUUCUGGACUAUGUGCUGCAGGGACGUUCUCAAUCUGCUUUCUGUAGAACUGGAACUAAAACGAGUUUGGAUCGCUAACAUCAUCCUGACGGACACUCCAGGCUCCACUCUCUCAUCCUAAACCUGAGCUGGAAGAGUUAUUUAAACAAAAAAGGCUUUUUGUAACAGAAACAUAUUUGUAAUUUUAUAAAGCUUCCUGCUGUCGAUUUAUGAUCCUUUUCGUGAAAUCUAUUUUUGUAUCGUAUGUAUAUAAUGUUUCAGAUUCUAUUUGUGCUAACCCGGACGGAUCAAGAUGAGACUCACACUGACUGGAGGGAAAACUGGAGAGCAGUGUCUGUACCUAAUACAGCUAACACCUGCCAGAGAAAAUAUUCAACUAUAAAAUAUUCUUAACAUAGCAA